AUGACUGAUUCAGGUGUUGAUACCAGUAACGAGAGCAGUGACAAUCCUGUAUUCGACCAUUCUCAAUGUGUCUUGGAAUUUAAUCCCCCAGCAAUACCCAUAAACCAAGUAGGUCAGCCAAUGCCUAUAGAAUUUUUCGACCGACCUCAUGAUCAUAUCGGUAAAAUUAAAUGUUGCUUAAAAGGACGGCAAUACAGAUUAAACAAAUAUCGAUGUGGAGCCACGAUAAGCUCAUCAAGAAAUCAAAAACUGAGAUUUGCUGCCUCAACGAAUAAUACUGAACUAGUGGAGAAGAUAUUGUCAUCAGGAGCUGAUCCGAAUUCUUCAGAUGAAUUCAAAAGAAGCCCUCUCCACUUGGCAGCAUGUCGUGGAUAUGUUGAUGUCGUAAGAACGCUUUUAAGACAUGGUGCUAAUCCUAAUAUAAAAGACACAUUAGGAAACACUCCUCUUCAUCUUGCUGCAUGUACAAACCACAUACCAGUUGUUAUUGAAUUACUUGACGCUGGUACUGAUGUGAGUUCAAAUGACAGAUAUGGAAGAAAUCCCAUACAGUUGGCUCAAAGUAAAUUGAAACUUAUUCAAAUGCGUCCUAGUGGAGCAGGUCAUUUUGAAGAAACUAAACAACUUAUUGGAGAAAUAUGCCUUGUAGUUGAAAUGAUGCUUAAGUAUAUGAAAAUUCAAAAAGCAGAUGCUGCAGACUUGGAAUCCGUCCGUGAAAGGCUGGAACAUGUAAGCACUCGAGAGCAAGUGGAUUCUGAAGUCCAAAACUUACUUGACAGUCUUGAUUCACUGAAGUUAAAAUAA